UCUUGGGCUCCCUAUACAGUGGACGCUGGGGUUGCAAACGUGAUCUGUGUGAGAUGCACGUUCGCAACCCGCAGUGUUCACAACCCGCAGCGGCGCUUCUGCGUAUGCGCAAUGCGCGAUUUAGUACUUCUGUGCAUACGCGACCGCCGAAACCCGGAAGUAACCCGUUCCGGUACUUCCUGGUUUUGGUGGGUCCGUAACCCGAAAAAAUGCAACCUGAAGCGUCUGUAACCCGAGGUAUGACUGUAAAUGUAACCAGCCAUCUCUGUGGGCCUCAGUGUCGUCUGUGUGUGUGUCAGCCAGUAUGUUGUGUUGUUGCAGACAGAGUGGCUCCAGGACUCCAGUUAAUCAGUAACCAAGAUCUGUGCCUCUGUGAAGACUAAGAUAGCUGCUAUGAGCACUCUGUGUAUGCUCUUUGACUUCGCUGUUUAUGAACAAGUUUAUUUUCUUCAGUAAACCUUUAUUCUGUUCAUGAAGUAGACUCUGCUUGAUUAAUUUACUGCUGUGUGAUAUGUUGGAGGGUAUGGGGCGAUCCCAUGUUCAUUAAAGGGGGCGACAACCUCAGCAACUUUUAAAAACAGGUUUCCUCUCAUAGACAGCUAUAAAGCUGUUACCUGGACAUCUUUCUCCUCACACAUUUACGAAGCACUAUUUCUGUGUUUACUCUUCUUCUGAUGCCUCUUUGGGAGAAAGGUUCUGCAGAGGGUAGUAAUGUGUCCUCACCAGGGGGAACUCAAGCAUGUAAAAAUGAAAUUGGUUUUUACCAUGAAUGUCUAUUCACUGCUUGAGUUCCCCUUCAGUCUUAAAGCAACAUUCAGAUAUGCUACACUGAUAAGAGUUGAAAUCAAGAGUAACUCUCUCCUCUCACACAGCUGAUCAGAAUGCUUUUAGUGCAGAUCCUGAGGCCGCCAACUUUAUUGGCCCUUGUCCUGGGAACAGUCCUUGUCCUCAGCUACACCUUCCACAGAAUGGAGACCAAGUUUACCAUCUUUGGAGGCCUUGGGAAGCAAUUUAAAGAAAAUGAAGUUCCUGCAGGUAUUGACAGCAGGAGUGAACUUUGGGCAAUGAAAGAUGGAACCCUGAGACAUGCUAGAAUGGAAUGGGCAGAAAAGGACAAAGAAAUUAAAGCUGUCCUUAGAAAACUAGACGACUUGAUGCCCAGCAUCACUUUCAUGGAUAUCAAUACCACCACAAGUGCUAAGAACAGCAAGGCCACCAUCUUAAACUACAAAAGCUCUUAUUGUGUUGGCGAGUAUUUGAUGGUUCGACUGGAUUUAUACAACUACUUGGGCAAGAGGAAGGAAUACGGAGGAGACUUCUUACAAGCGAGGAUCUCCUCUUCAAGUCUUAGGGCUGGAGCUUCUGGGCGCAUCACAGACUAUAGGAAUGGGACGUACCUGGUCAAUUUCACUUUAUUUUGGGAGGGCGAUGUCAGAGUGUCCAUCUUGCUCAUCCACCCCAGCGAAGGAGUUUCAGCACUGUGGGCUGCAAGGAAAAAAGGCUACGACAAAAUAGUUUUCAAAGGCAAAUUUUUAAACAAAACGUUAGAUGUCUUCACUGAAUGUGGAUUUAACAAGACCACAAAUGCAGAACUGUGCGAGUAUCUAGAUGAGCGAGACCAGGAGGCCUUCUACUGUGUGAAACCAAAAUAUGUGCCAUGUGAAGCUUUCGUCCAGCUUUCGUCCAACAACAAACCCAUCUCAUACUUAACAGCCAUAGAAAAGAGACUUUUAAACAGUGUUGGAAUUCAGAUACCUCAGAAUUUCGGGGACAUUCGUGUCGUGCCCUGCAAAACGAGUAAGGUGACGAGAGAGAAGUGCAGGAUUGGGAUGGCUUCUCCUGUCCCCAGCGGCUACGUUUUGCGCAACACCUGGCACCCAGAAUUUUGCUCCAUCCAUGAUUUCAGCACUUUGGAUAAGAUCCGUGCCAGUCUGAAGAGCAAAAUGAUUUAUCUCAUGGGGGAUUCAACAUCAUUUCAAUGGAUUUAUUACCUUACCAAGAGAGUGACAACGCUGAAGUACUUUGAUCACCAAAGCGUUCCAGUCUUCAAGACACGUGUGGCUUUGGACCUGGAGAGGAACACAUUCAUCCAGUGGAAAAAACACGGGUACCCCCUCGUGACAAAGGCCUUCUAUUCAGUGAAAGAUCUGAAUUACAUUGCUCGGGAAAUCGACCAAGUAGCAGGGGACAGCAACACAGCCAUCGUCAUCGCUAUAGGCCAGCACUUCAGACCAUUCCCCAUGGAUAUCUUUGUGCGAAGGGUUGUAAACAUUCGCCGCGCCAUUGAGCGCCUUCUCCUGAGAAGCCCUGACACAAAAGUCAUUGUCAAAGCAGAGAAUAUCCGAGAAAUGAAUGCAGACACAGAGCUAUUUGGCAACUUCCAUGGCUAUGCCCAAUACCUUGCCAUGAAAUACAUUUUUCGAGGUCUCAGGGUUGGCGUAAUUGAUGCCUGGGACAUGACUAUCGCCUAUAAUUCAAACACAGUUCACCCACCAGAACAAGUGGUUUGGAGCCAAAUCAUGAUGUUUCUAACAUACCUCUGUUAAGAAUGACCUUGCCCCUUAUGAUCAACGGAGAGAACCAUCUUGCCUGUUCCAUUUGUGGCUGCUAGGCUGGUGACUGGAGCAGCCCGAUGGGACCAUGUGUCUCCACUCUUGAAGGCACUGCAGUGGUUGCUGGUCCAAUUUAAGUACUAGCAUGCAAACCUGCAAACAGCUUGGGAUCCAAGUACUGAAAAGCGCCUCCCUCAAUAUCAACCAUCUUGGGCCCUACGAUUGACAGGAAGUCCACCACCGAAUGCUGCCUAGUUGGCACUGAUCCGUGCCAGGGGUCUUCUUGUUGGCAGUUUGCCAUUUGUGGAAUGCCCUCCCUGGUGAGAUGUGUCUGCCUCCCUCACUAACAUUCAGGAAAAACUUUAAAACAUUCCUCUUCACCCUGGCUAAAAGAUGCUGUUCCUAGAAACCUUAAAUUAUUAGCUGUGGAAUCACUCUCAAAUAGCGAAUAAUCAGAUUGGGGGCAGCUGCUUCUGUGCAAGUAACCAGCAGGAAGCCUCUUGGCUAAAUCUCAGUGAGAAACAUGAUCUAUCACAUGAAGUCUCUUGAGCUUGUGUGUAACAUCCUGGUAUGCAUUUGCUAAUAGCCUAAUCUUCCAAUCCCAGUGUGGCUUCCGCUGAGCCAGGUUACAACAACUGUUGCUCGGGCUGCACUAGAUGAGCAGCAGUUCAGCUCUUUAUUCAUAGGCAAAAGUACUGCACUUGGCUGAGUGGAAACCAGAAGAGGGAGCUAAAGGCACUGAGAACAGACACUAAAAUAGAACUCUGCAUUGAUUUCUAGUUGUGCAGGGGGACUUGCCACCAUUCUGUUUACCAAAAUGUGCCUUUGUGCUUGUGCGGAAUGCUUUUCGUUUGCAAAAGGAAUGCUUCAUCAUACCUCUGGAGGGCCAUUAGGCUAUUCAGUUAAACUUGGUGCCUGACCCUUGUCUGUGUGUCCAGAAGCUACCUUGUCAGAAAUAUGGCUUGGAUUUCAGGAUAGAGAAAUCUGUCAGCUUUGGCUUUCCAAGUUUCAAAGUUUCUUAAAUUCAGUUACCUGCAUUUCCUCUACAAUUAGAUUUUUAUUUUUUUUAAGGUAUCCUCACGAAUCACCACCAGCAUAUUAGUGCAGAUUUCUCCUAUUAAACAUGUUUCUGUAUGCAGUUUUGACCAAUAUACACAUUCUUGCAAGCAACUUUCCCGAAUAUAAUGUGUUUUGUAUGUUAUUUUUACUAAUAUGUGCACUACUCUUUGGAACUCCCUUCCCAUUGAUCUUCGUCAGGUUCUUUUCUGUAUUGGUUUCAGCAAUUAUUUUUGUUUCCACAAGCCUACCAAGACAUGUAAUUUUCAUAUAUGUGUAGCAACUGUUUUAUUUAUAUUUUUAAAAAUUGUGCUAACUUGUUUUUCAUGUUUGUUUUUAUCUGCAUAUAUAAAGAAAGUUUUAGAUCGUCACUCAGUUGCCUUCUGUCAAGGAAGCGACUUACAAAUUUUAUUAAAUAAAUAAAAAUAAAAUCAAUGGCCUGGACCUUGAAGCUCUCUAUUAUCCAACCAGCUGUUUGAUAAUAUGUAUUACGGACUCUCUGCAAAACUGGAUGAGUGUGUGCAGAAUGUGCUGGAAAAAGAUCUCCGUGGAACAGAAGGGGUGUGGAAUAACCUUUGCUAAACCUCCUCCAGGAGAAAUCAUCACCUCCCUUUUUUUACACAUGUCUCUAAGAGGUACCUCAAACUAAGGCAGGGAUUGCCAGUGUGUCACCCAUAUACGUCUUCCUUGGUACCCACAAGGUCUUCUCCACCUGCUGAAGUUUGGAGUUGUUGUUUUAAAGCAUUCUGUUGUAGCUUAUAGAAUAGGUGGGUUGAGUAGCACAAAAAGAAUGUGCUGUUUUGGCAGAUAGGUUAUGUCAGCCUGAUCCUGGUACUAGAUCUUCCAGUGCCAGGAUUCUAGGAAUUUAGCUGUGACAUGGGAUAGCCCCGUUAUCGACUAAAGUAAGUGAUCCCAGGGUUCCACCCAUUUGCAGGUAACGCCUUCUGAGCUAGGAAGGCAUUUGGGGAAGUUUUUAAUGUAUGAUAUUUUAAUGUAUUUUUAAUAAUUAAAAGCCGCCCAGAGUGGCUGGGGAAACCCAGCCAGAUGGGCGGGGUACAAAUAAUAAAUUAUUAUGUUCAAAGUUGAUAUGCAGAAAGCAUCAAAACGAAUUAGAAGAGUGAAUAAAGUCGCCUUGUAACUUGGUUGAAUAGGCUUGGGCAUGGAGACAGCAUGAACUAUGGACUAAAGCUGUCCACAUUAAAUUUCCUUAUGUACAUAAGGGAAUAUUGAUAUUGACAAUGGGUUCUUUCAUGUGCUUGUUGGUAGUUUCCAAAGACUCAAGAGACACUUGAGCAGUAAUGCCAACCUUUUGGUGGCUUUUGCCUCAGGCCAAUUUCACUAAAUCUCCACACCAGCCAAAUUCACCCGCAACCUGGUUUUGCUACUAGGGACAAUCAUACUCUGCCCCCAGAACUGACCCAUUUGUGUUUCUGGCUAACUUUGACAGUUUAGCUGAUUUUUCAAGGCCUGUGUCUUCUGGCGAGACCUUUAGUCAGGGCAACCAUCUUAUCCUAACCCAACCACUGGCUUCCUUCUUCAGUUCUUCACCAGCCAAGUACAGUGGUACCUCAGGUUAAGUACUUAAUUCGUUCCGGAGGGCCGUUCUUAACCUGAAACUGUUCU